CUCCUAAGCCCCGCCCUCUAUGGCUGAUUGGUCCUCGCUGAUGGCGAUUGGGGAUCCUAUUGGUUAAAAGCUGAACAUGACGUAAUGGUCCAGUGUUUGCCCCGCCCCUCUCCGUGUUAUACGAACACAUGUAGAGAAUGAGCGGUGCCCGGAGAGGAGCGAAGAACCGGAGCCGUGACGUCUAACCCCGGGGGCAGAUAAUGGAGGCCGGUUCUGGUGAUGGCGACUCGUACCCCGAACACCACGAGACGGACGGCAGCAUCCGGAAGGGAUGUGACCCGUUCGCCCAGACGCAGCGCAGUAAGCUCCAGCACCGCCGGGCGCGCAUCAACCAGCAGAUCAACAAGGAGAUGAGGAUGAGAGCGGGCGCCGAGAACCUCUUCCGGGCCACCACCAACCACAAGGUGAAGGAGACGGUGGCGCUGGAGCUCAGCUACGUCAACUCCAACCUGCAGCUGCUGAAAGAAGAGCUGGAGGAGCUGAACAGCUCGGUGGAGGUUUAUCAGAACGAGAGUGAAGCCAUCAGCGUUCCCAUGAUCCCGCUCGGCUUAAAGGAGACCAAAGACCUGGACCUGAUGGAUCCUCUGAAGGACUUCAUUGCGGAUCAUUACGGGGAAGACGCCGCCCUGUACGAGAAGGAGAUCAACGAAUUGAUGGAACUGCGACAGGCCAUGAGGACCCCGAGUCGCAGUGAGGCCGGCCUGGAGCUCCUGAUGGAAUAUUACAACCAGCUGUACUUCAUGGACCAGCGCUUCUUCCCCCCAAACCGCUCUCUGGGCGUCUUCUUCCACUGGUACGACUCUCUGACGGGCGUUCCUUCUUGCCAGCGGGCUCUGGCUUUUGAAAAGGGAAGCGUACUGUUCAAUAUGGGCGCCCUAUACACCCAGAUCGGGGCGAGACAGGAUCGCCAGUCGUUACAAGGAGUGAACACUGCCAUCAAUGCCUUUCAGAAGGCGGCGGGAUGCUUCAGUUUCUUAAAGGAAAACUUCUCGAACGCCCCGAGCCUGGACAUGAGCGCGGCCUCGCUGAACAUGCUGGUGCGCCUCAUGGUGGCGCAGGUCCAGGAAGGCAUCUUCGAGAAGUUUGUAUUGGAGAACACACAGAACAACUUCAUCACACAACUGCAAAUGGCGCAGGAGGCCGCCAGGGUAGAAGACGUUUACACCCUCGUGUACAGAACCAUGAUGCACCCGCCUGUUAAAGACUACGUCCCUUUUUCAUGGACCACCAUGGUUCGUGUAAAAGCCGAACAUUUCAAAGCGCUUUCCCAUUGCCACGCUGCCAACGCCCUGUGCGACUUCUCCACUUCUCCUGGACUAGAGCUCAUAGAACACGAGAAGGUCUUCUUGCAGUUCCACACAUCACCUCCAGAGGGCCCCCCCAUCAGCUUCCUGCUACAGGACCAGGAAGAGAGGCGGAAGUUAGGUAAGACGCACUUGAAGAAAGCCGUGAUUAAACAUGAGGAGGCAAUGAGGAUCCACGGCCUGUGCAAGAUUCUGCGCAAGAUGGACAUCCUACAGGAAGUGCUUACCCUGGCGCACAAGAGGUCGCUCAGCAGAUACUCAGACAUUGACCAUGAGGAGGAUUUCUUCGAGACGGGCGAAGCCCCUGACAUUCAGCCAAAAACCCAUCAGAAGCCAGAAGUGACGAUCCCGAUAUUCUCCAAGGUGAAGGUGAAGGAUAUAUUCCACAGAUUGGGUCCAGUCUCCGUCUUCUCCGCUAAGCACAGAUGGCGGCCGGCACAGAAGGUUCACCUUGACCCGGGAGACGGCGGCUUUGGCUUCACCCUGAGAGGCGACUCCCCGGUGCUCAUAGCGGAUGUGGUCCCCGGGGGCUGCGCUGCUCGGGCCGGUGUGAAGGAGGGGUCAUACAUUGUGUCGGUGAACGCCGAGGACUGCCGGUGGGCGAAACAUUCACAGGUGGUCCAGCUGCUGAAGAACACGGGCGAGGACGGGGCGGACAUAGAGGUCGUGACCUUCCAGAGCGCCGACCCCCAGAACACGAUACAGGACAAGAAGUCGUCCAUGUUGACGUCCAGCGAGAUUCUGCAGGGGAACAAGGAGAACAGGAAGAUGGCGGGCGGUAAGCGCUCCAACACGUUGCUCCUCUGGAACCGCAAGAGGAACCCCACCAGGAGGAACCCCAACAUCCCCAACAUCAGCGCCCUCCAGCUGCCGUUCAGUGCGGUGCAGAGUAACGAGUCCAUGUACUGAACGCAGUGCCCCUCCCCCAUAGUGUUAUAACCCGGCGCCCAGGGCCACCCGCGCCAAUGUACAUACGUGUAAAAGAUAAUUUAUAACUGAUGUGGACGUGAUGUAGGAAUAAAUGUUACGUUGUA